AUGCGAUCCCUAGCUACCGCUUGCUGGCUCUAUGGAGUACUCCUAGCAGCACUUGUCUCCGGGGUGUGCGGGAAUAACGACACACAACCGAAUUUCAUGAGUGUACGACAGAAUGUAACAGGAGAGUAUAAGAGCAAAAAGGAAAUACCAACAGAGAAAUACUUCCGUGCAGCUAACCUGCUGCCCAGGUUCCAUUAUCAUUAUGACGGCCGCUUUGCCAAUGAAACUCUGCCAGAAUCAGAAGUUAUUCCUCAUCUCUCAGCCCUAGUCCAAACAUACUUCUCAACAAUGAACGCCAUUGGCGCAGAGACAUGGAUCAUGCACGGCACACUCUUAGCCUGGUGGUGGAAUCAGAAGAUUUUCCCAUGGGACAACGACCUAGACGUCCAAAUCUCAGAACCAACAAUCCACUUCCUAGCAGAUUACUACAACAUGACAGAACACCACUUCGAUCUCCCAAACGUCGAUGGCGGUCGUGCCUACAUGCUCGAAAUCAAUCCAAACUACGUCGUCAAGUCUGAGCAGGACACGAUGAACAAGAUCGAUGCACGCUGGAUUGAUAUGUCGUCGGGUCUUUUCAUUGAUAUUACUGCUGUGCGCAAGGAUGAGAGUAAAAGGCUGAAUGGACAUCCCGAGGCGUUGAGUUGUAAGGAUAAGCAUCACUACGAGGAGAGUGACAUUUUCCCACUGCGUGAUAGCACGUUUGAGGGAAUCCCGGUUAAGAUUCCUUAUGCUUAUACUUGGCUUCUUGAGGAGGAGUAUGGACCUAAGGCUCUGACUCGAACGACCUUUUCUGGUCAUACUUUCAAUGACGAGACCAAGAUUUGGGAGUCGGCGAAACGAAAGCUUAAACGCUUCCUUCGACGAGGCUGGCGAGGCGACGACCCGCCAGUCCGGACCUCUGAUCUCAAUACUAUUAUAGAGUAA